AUGCUUCGUUUGGAGGUCGCUGGAUGGGGUGUGGCGGCGGGAAUCCCCACUCUUGUUAUGGCCGCCUCCAGCCUGGACGACGUUCUUGCAAUCACCGGCUUCGGCAUAUCACAGGCCAUAGCUUUCGCUAAGGGCGAUAUUGCAAUUGUUGCCAUUUCAGGUCCAUUGGAGGUCCUAGCUGGUGCCUGUUUGGGCGUGUGCCUCGCACUUAUAUUUUGGCUUCUCCCACCACCUGGAAUGACUUUGGUUAGAAGUGAUGUUUUGUUGUUCGAUGUGGAAUUUAUCUCCCCAUCCUUGGGCUAUCGGAUAUCAUUGGCAAAAUUUGCAUUCUCCAAGGAUUGGGACAUAUAA